AUCAAAAUGAACAAAUAAAAUAAAUAUAAAAAUACAAAAAAAAAAGUGACAACAAAUUGUUUGUGAAAACUAUGAGCAGGAGAUCUCCCACGAAGCAAGAUGGAAAUUCGAAAAGCGAGAAUUCCACAGAGGAGGAGGAUGAGCUUGCCAUGCAGGCGGCCAUGCGGGAAAUGGUUAAGAAUGCAGAAAUGGACGAAAUGGCACGGAGGAAAAGCCAUCGCCUCAAGGCUCGGCCAACACCUAAGGAAGCGGAUACAAACAAAAAUCAAGUGGAACAAGGUUUACAGACAACUGAAUCUCCGAAAAAGGUUAAAAGUUCCAAGUCCGAGACGACGAAAGCGAAGAGCGAAGACAGUUGGGCUUCUAUUUUUUUCAAGAGAUUGUUCAGGUUUGGAAAUCAAACCAAAAGAAAGGACGGCAUCCAACAGAAAGCCUCUUCUCCAGAGCGAGACAAGCUCUCUAAAAAAGAUUCACCAAAAAGGAUGUCAAGGAAAACAGACAGGUUUUCAAACCUCAGACCAGCUUUGCAAAAAUUACAAAAGAUUGAAGAGGCCUCCAAGCCAAAGUCUUGGGUGAGGCCGAAACCGAUAGUUAUAAAUCCAAAGAAGAUAGCUUCUCCCACCAAAGACAUUGAGAAUAAAGUGAAGCCAAAACCGUACGAUACUACAAAGGAAAAACGUGGCCAUAUUAAUAUUUUGACAUCUUCAUUUCCAGGUAGUUUAAACUAUGUCACAAAAGGAAAAUCUGCAGAAAGUCCUAGAGAAAACUCAGCAGAGAAGCAUAAAGAUAACAUUCCUGAAAGUACUGAAAAUUCAUUUAGAAAAUAUAAAGAAAAUACUGAAAAACCCCCUGACACGAAACGGUCUUCGGAAACUCAGUUAAGAAAAUCAUUGGAUCAUCAUGAUUCGCAAAGGACUUUAACAAUCAAGGGACAUAAGCAUAUUACCACGAGAUGGGGCGAUCACUGCCAUUAUGAGGAUCGUCAAGACGGCAUAGAUAAGGUGGCCAAAAAAAAUCUGAUUAUCGCCUGUAUUUUGUGUUUUACCUUCAUGGUUGCCGAAAUUGUUGGUGGAGUUCUCUCCAAAAGUCUGGCCAUCGCCACGGAUGCAGCCCAUUUGCUGACGGACCUUGACGCGUUUCUAAUAUCCCUGUUCGCCUUAUAUUUAUCGGGAAGACCUUCGUCACAGCUGAACUUUGGAUGGUAUCGGGCAGAGGUCAUUGGGGCCAUGAUAUCCGUGUAUCUUAUCUGGGUAGUUACAGGCAUCCUGGUAUACAUGGCCAUUCAGCGGCUGAUAAAUAAGGAUCACGAUCUGGAUGCAAAGAUAAUGCUGAUUACCUCGGCACUGGCAAUACUCUUUAAUAUUAUAAUGGCCUGUCAAUUGAGUCACGGACACUCACACUCUAAUCUCGGGAAUCCAAGUCGAACGAAGAUCACGGAGUCACAUCAUGGGAGCGGAAGUGGAAUAAACUCUCACACGGGAUUAAGAUCCCCAUUGGGUUACUCUGUGUCCACUCAGCUCUCUGUGAAGUCUGAACGAAAUAUUAAUGUGCGGGCAGCCCUGAUCCAUGUGGUUGGGGAUCUCUUCCAGAGUAUUGGGGUCUUUGUGGCCGCCUUGAUAAUAUUCUUUAAGCCCGAAUGGGCCUUCAUGGACUCCGUUUGUACCUUUCUGUUCUCGAUUCUGGUGCUAGGGGUCACAAUUAAAAUAUUAAAGGAUGUCCUUAUGGUCCUGAUGGAGGCCACACCGGAUUACAUGGACUACGAUGAGGUAAAGCGCACAUUCCUCUCCAUUGAGGGUGUAAUGCAUGUCCAUAACUUGAGAAUAUGGGCACUGUCCAUCAACAAGGUGGCCUUGUCUGCCCAUCUGGCCAUUGCCAAGGAUGCUGAUCCACAGUUAAUCCUCGAAAGAGCCACCAGGCUGAUCCACAAGAGGCACAAAUUUUUCGAGACCAAUCAAAUCGAAGAGUAUUCUUCUGGCACUGAUUGUGGUCAGUGUGCGGAUCCCUUAAGCAAAAAGGAUACUCCGAAUCCCAUCGAAAUGGAAGAGGGUACUGCGGUUGGGAUUCUGAAAAAAGCAGAGAAGAAAUCCAAGGCUCCGGAAACGGAUGAAAAUAACUGGAACUAUUAA